UCGAGAAGGUGUGUUCUCCAUCCAUGCUUGCAAUGAUUGUUUUUCUUUCUGAAAUGGAAUGGAGUGUGUGUGUGUGUAUAUAUAUAUUUAUAUAUAAUGUACGUUCAUCUCCUUCGUAUCCCUGCCGUUCUCUGUCGAGGGUCACCGUAAAACACCACACAGUAGGUGAAACUUGAGGCGGCAAACACGAUGCACGGAAGCAGAGCGGAAGGUUCGAGUCCUCUCGCAACCAUCGAAGACAUUCAGAGACGCCUCCUCCGUCCAUCCUCUCACCACUCAACUUCUCAAAUCUCAACCAUCUCAUCUUCGUUAGACGGUCUUGGAAGCCACAACUCCUCACAAUUGAAGGUGAGUUUCACGGAAUCCCUGAGGAAGCAAGAUGCAAAAGAGAUGGAAAAAACUAGGACGAAGACGAAGAGGAAGCUCGAGGAUUACCUGGAUCCGUUUCUUAUCUCUACGAUCUCUUCCAAGAUAGGUGUCGUCAAGAAGGUUCUAGAGACGAAGCCGAAAAAAGAUACCGAGGAUUUCGAGUGGCCAGUCGACGAGUUGAAGGUGUUCGCGGCGGAUUCGAGCAGCAAAAAGGGUGCAAAUUGGAGGAGCAAUAAAGCUGUGGAUCUUGAGAAGGACAAUUCGGAGUUAAGCAGCAAAGGUGGAGACGAAGGUGAAGAAUCUUGAACUCAUUUUCGGCGUUUCGAACGAACCGUAUUGAGUCAUUUCAACACAGUCGGCGAAGCAUAAUGUUGACCAUAGCACAAUAAUGAUACACAGUUUUUUGAAUAGAAAACUCUUGUAAGGAUUUCUCAUACAAUUUUCCUUUGAAGAAAUCCACGUACAAGAUCAUCAUAGGUCACAUUUUCAAGCUAUAGUCACAUACUCAGGAUCAUGUGAUCUAAAUGUAUAAUCAUAUCAAGAAUUCACUUGGAAACUACCUAUGAUUAACUCCCUGAGAUCAUUUAAUUGUGUUUGAUCAACCCGGAACGAGAGUACGGGUCAAAAUUGAUUUAAAAGAAGCUAAGAAUUUCCUCCUUUUGAUCUA